AUGAGAUCGUCUAAAUCAUCAAAACAACAAAGAAAGAACAGAAAACAACGUGCUUUAACACCACAAACUGAAUUCGAAACUGUUGAGUAAGUUUUCCAAAAAUAGCUCGAAUUUUCAAUAAAAGCAUUUUUGCAGACCAACAAUUGAAACAAAUUGUUCAUUCAGUGAAAAGUCAUAUAUUCCACGUGUUUAUUUAGCAAAUGAUAAUACAAAUUGGUCAUUGCCAUCAGAUGCAACACAAUUUGGAUUAUCAAAUCAAACAUCAAAAUCAUCAUCAAAAACUUCAACAAAUUUAACAAUUCAAAAUGAGAAACAAGAAUUUGGAGAUGAAUUACUCGAGAAACAUUAUCAUGGAAUUUUAAAUAAAAAACAAGCAGCUCAAUUAACUCGUCAAGAUGAUUUCAUACUUUAUUAUCGUGUUGCAAAACAUCCAAUCAAAAUUUAUGUUCCAAUUUCAAUUCCACUUUUUAUUUGUCACCGAAAUUGUGAAAAUGAGGUUUUCAAUUUUCGUGUUCAAAAUAUUUUGACUGAAAAUAAUAGUAUGUGGUGGACUGUAAUUAUAAAUAAACAACAAACUCAAUUAUUUCGAAAAUUAUCCGAUUUGGUUCGUUUUUAUCGUACUUAUAGAUAUACACAUCCUGAUACUGGAAGAUCUGAAGUUUUUCCGUUAUGGAAAGAUCGAAAAAGUAUUAUCGAUAAUUUUAGAGGAGAAACUCAACAAUGA